UUCAAAUUUAUUUUUUGUUUUUAGAAUUAAAAAAUGACUAACUCAAGUGAUAUUUCAGAGUCCAUUGACCAUUUGAUAAAAAUUAUUUAUUCAACUGAAGUACAACCUGAGGACAAAGUGGAUUCAUAUUUAACGUUAUUUUCACAUUUCCAGACUGACAAGCACACUACUGUUAAUUGUGUCUCCAGUCAAAUCAACACAUUUUUGCCAGUUCUUCAGUCACACAUAAAGUCUUCAGGAAGGGCUAUCAUAGAAGCUGGACUAUCAGUACUUGGUCAAAUUAUGUCCAAUGAAGAUGUUCUUGGAUUUUGUAAAGAUGACAUAUUGGGUGACACAUUAAAAGAAAUCUGCAGCACAUUGAAAACAGAGCAUGAGAAAUCUGUAUACGUUCGAUGUUUCUGGUGUUUAAGUCAUCAGCGAAUAAAAGCAGAAAUUAUGUCUGAGCAUGUUGUGAAAAUUAUAUCAUUGUUUGUUGACAUGUGUACAGAGGAAAAGAAUAAAUCUGGAACUAUCUUUAAUGAAGGACUAAAGACUAUAAAAAGAUUGUGUGAACAGUGUCCAAAUGAAAUGAAAGAACAUUCGAAAUUAUGGAUUCCAAAAGUAUUUCAUCUAGCGACUAGUGCUGUUCCAAAAAACAGAGAUAUUGGUUUAGAGGUUAUCGAAGCUAGUUUAACUUUCUUGCCUUCGCAGCAGUUUGUUCAAACAUAUUUGCUGGAUCAACUAAAUCAAAGAGAAUUGAGCAAAACACUAAAGGAUUUUUUUCAUAACAACACCUGUCCUGUGCAUGUGUUAAAUCUUUGGGCUUGUAUUUUGCGAUUGAUUGGAGAGGGUUUCUUUGAAUUGGAUCCUGUAAGUGUCACCAACCCGUUGUUAAAGAUAGCUGAAAAGUCUUUUGCAUCCAAAUCACCUGAGAUUACUUUGGCUUUAAAUAAUCUUUGGAGAGCACUUAUUGAUGUUGUUUUUAUGAGGCCAGAUGAAUUUACACGAAAGAUGGAAAAAAUCUUUUUACUGCCAUUAAAGAUUCGAUACAGAAAUGAAGUUGUAGCAAAUGAAAGUUUGAAAACAAACUGGCAUCUUAUAUGUAAAAUUAACAACCAAAUAAACAAAUAUGUUGAGAAGAUGGUUAUUCCACUACUUGAUGUGUAUCUCGCUCCACCAGAUGUUUACAAGCAUCUUCCUGUUACAACAAGUGCUUUAACACCUGAACAAUCAAGCAAAACCAAGUCAACUGCUCGAUCACCUAAGUCACCACAUGUCGUCACAUCUUCAACAAAGUUACUUUCAGCUGAGAUAGUUAUUCAGUUACUAAUGGAACAAACUGAAAGAACUGGUGUUAGGGGUUUUAAAUUGGAGCACUUUCCAGGACCAAUGCUUUCUGAGGAAAACAUAUCGCUACAUUUUCAUAAAAUUUUGGGGUACAUCAUGAAUGCAACAGAGACUUGUGGUGAUAAAAAUGAAGUGAAAAUAAUCCAGCUAUGGAUGGAAUUUUUGAUUGCACUGAGAAAGUUUGUUGGACACGAAGAUACACCUAAAGCCAUGUGGUGUAAAGUUUUAAUUUCAAUUCAAGAAAUGAUUGAGCAAUCACUGUUAAGUGUGACUCUGACGUUGAAAAUAUUAGCACUUAUUCCAGAAGAAAUCCUACCUCUCACUCUACCUGAUUUACAUAACGACUCAAAUGAAGAUGGAUUGCCAUGUAUUUUUGUUGUUCAGUUAUUGCUGAGUAAAAACAUUCUUGAGAAAAGUGGUUAUGAGCAAGAGAGAUUUUUUAUUAUCUAUGAGCGAAUGCUUGGUGUUGUGUUCUCUGCAAUGUCGGACCAGUUGAAACACACACAAGUUUUGCUUUCUCUGCUGGAGAGAGCAAACAGUUUUAUUACAUUGCAAGAUAUACGUUGGAGGUUGUGGAGUACUCUGACUAUCUUAUUAAAUCGUUACGUGAAAAAGACCAAUGAUGUUAACCAAGGAAACUCAUUGAAGUACGACUUUUCAACUAUGCUGCAUGCUCUAACAUACCCAAUUAAAUCUAUCGACAUACUGCAAUUACCGGAUGGCACUAUGAAAGAGCUACUUAAGGUUUGGAAGGAAACAUAUCAGAAAUUCUGCAGAGCUGUUAACUUACUUGCUGGUGUGGAGUUAAAUGUAGGUCUGGAAGAGUUCUGUAAAGGACUGUGUGCACUGAUAGAUUAUAAGUCUUUCAAGCAUCAGAAGUCCCAUCUGCUCCUCCUUCAAAUGGUUGAUAUAGCACUUCGUUGCGCUGACUUUACAGAAAUACAACGGCAACCUUUAUCUGCUCAUAUGACGCCCUCAAAAAUGGCUAAAAAGUUUGGUAAUCCUUUGGGAAAUUUCAAUUCAUUUGUAAUAACCCUAAAGAAGUUACUACUGCAGCUUUUUGAGCAAUUAAAGAAGGAUGACAAAACCGCGGACAAGUUGUUAUUGCACUUAACAGAUGUAUUAGACUACUUUUACACAAGCGUAAUAAGUGGUACUAUUGUAUCGGAAUGCACGCACGAAUUAUCGCCAACUCUGACUGAACUAUUGUUGUACAAGUGUUCGCCCAAGUUGCACAUGAAACUAGAGAAACUAGUGUCUGUUAUAUACGACUCAUAUGAGAUUAGUACGAACAUUGUUUUUACCACUGAACUGUUAGAAAAGCUAGAAGAUUUAAUUUAUGCGUCUAUAAAGAGCGAGAGAAAGCCACUGCGGGUGAGAACGGUGAAAUUCUGGAACAAAACUUUCGGUAAAAGCGAUACUUUGAAAUAUUCGGAGAAAUUAAAACAUGCUUUAUUGAACUGUAAAACGAAAGUCGUUCUCGUUUUACCGGGUUUGCAACGUCUUUCGAAUCAGGAAGAUGUUUUGUUCGAAUCUCAAGAUGACACGGCUCAGUUUGCGCAUUUUAAAGUUGACACUUCCCCUAAGUUGAAAACAAAAUCCGUCACGUCAGCGUCACCAAUGAAGAUCCGUGGUAGUUUCCUUCACGGUGGAGGAGUUAAAAGCGACACGAAGCCAAAGUUAAACUUAUUUAAAUCGCCAGUAAAACCUGUCGUUAAUUCUCCAAUUAGUAAAUCGCCGUUCGGUGGUAAACAAGUUCGCCGUAAACUGCCGAUCAGCUUAAACGAGAAUUCUUCCGACUUUGUGGAGAUAAAAGAUUCUCCGCUAAAAAAGAAGCGUCUUUUGACGGAACAUCAGAAAGAGAUAAUGAGAGAACGUCGCGACAUGCCGAUGAUGUAUAAUAACCUCGACCAAUCGCAAGAUACGACGCUAUUUAAUAGUCUCAGUCAAGAUCAGACCACACAACUCGAUGUACCAGCUUUGGAAGGCAAAGUCAAAGAAGAGAAAACGGACGAGGUCGGGAACCAAAAGGAGAAUAGUCAAGAAGAAAUGAGUCAAUCUUUGUUAGCGGACGAUAACGAUGACGUAGUAAGAAAAUAUAAUUCUACAACGGAGAAUGAAAAUAUUACUGUUGCUGAAAACAUAGAGGAUUUGGACGUGACAGCCAGCGCGGAGGCAACUGAGGAUAUUUCACCUGACAUUGUUCCUUCCUCACAAACACAAGAAUUAACAGACACGGAUUUAAAAGCGAACAAAUCGAUUUUAACACAACUGCGUGACUCUAUGAAACAUGAAAAAACACAUUUAAAAAAAGAUGAAAAGUGCUCCAGCUCAGAUGAUAUUUGUUUAAAAGAUGUAUUUAAAUCUAGUGAAAUACUGAUAAAUUGGACGGAGAGUGCGUGUAAAAAUGUUGAUAAGGUGCUUGUAAAUGCACACACAGCACAUGAGUCUCCUCCGCUGGAUUUCAAACAAAAUAAAUCGUGCGACGAACCUGUGUCAAAAAUAAUGACCAGCUCUGUGGAGGAGAUCAGUCCUCCCAACGAAGAAACGAAAAGGUAUUCUGCAACAAAAGCGAACAAAGAUCCUGGUGAUACGAUUAAGAAUUUUCAGCAGAUGCACGUCGAAGCAAAGAUCGUAGUGCAGAAGUUACCUAAACGCGACAAAAGAAAACGCUCCAACGUUUUAGCACCUGUUAACAAAACCAAAAGACGGAAAUCAGAAGGCGAUGCUUUAAUAGGCGCAACAGAAAGCAAAGAGAAUUCCUCUCCUAAACGCGUCAUAGACGUGUUUGAUUUCAGCCAGGACGAAAAGAAUAAGAAACCGUCCCCUGUUGCUGGAAGAACACGAAGAAAAGAUAAAAAUCCAGUGAAACAUCGCCAUAGUAUAGGCAGUACGAAAGGUAAGGUAGUGGCCGAUUUUAAAACGGGGUCAGCAAGAAGGUCUGUAAUCAAGGAAAGAAAGUCGACGAUUAAAGAAGCAACCAAGUCUGCUGUUGUGGAAACUAUCGACAAAACGAUUGAAGAAAAGAGGAUAUCUGAAGUUGCAGAAGCGAGUGAAAAGGCCACGAAAGAUAAAUUGGAGCAAGUACCUAACAGAUUGUCAGAAGAAAUACAAACAUUUAAAGAAAAAGAUUUAAUAGGAAAUACUCUAAGAAAAAACACAUCUGUCGAAUUUGACUCAACUCGUGCAAGCAAAUCCGUUGAAAUAAUUAUCAAAAGCGAUACGUGUAAUAGCUUCGUGAGCGAGAAGCCUAACCUUCCUUCACUUGUAGUUAAAACGAAGAUGGAAACCUUAGCUGCGACUACUCUCACUACUAGCGCUGGAAGUCCAUCUUGGCUAUGUGAAAUACCGCAAUCGCCCGUCCUAGGUAUACUGAAAAAGAGGUUGACGAAUGGUACUAGCUCGCCUUCACCACCUAGCAAGUCAAGACGAGUUUCGUUUCAACUUCCUGAAGGUUGCAAGUUAUUAGAACAAGAAGAACUGGCCAAACCUAUCGCUGAAAACGAAGUAUCGACGAAGAAGUUCACAGUGCUAAAACGAAAGUCUCGAGAUAAAACUGUUAGUUCUGCUAAUAAAAUCGCCGUUUACCCCGAGUUGAUCAAGUGUACAGCACCAAUAGAAAAAGUCCUCCCUUCGUUAACAUUUUCUCGUGGUAUUGGCAACUUGGUCCGAGCACAAAAUAUUUUAACAGUUGGAGAUUUGAGUUCGUUGUCAGAAAGUCAAAUUGAAAAUUUGCCAUUCCGAUCACCCAAAGUAAAAACAGUUCGAAAUGCUUUGCGUAACUUUUCGUCCCAAACAUCACGUGAGAAAGCUCUUCCUAAAUCACCGUUGGUUAUUUCACAACCUGAAGACAAAAGCAUGAUGGAUUCGACCACGCCGCCAAAAGAUGAUACCCUCGCUAAAGAAGCGGCACUUCUGGCAACACCGUCACGUCAUGCCGAACUUGUUAAACCGACGUCGUUAUUUACCGAGGAAGAAGUCUUAAAAAAUACCUCAUUAUCUGAACAAGUAGCUACGAAUUCGACUGACAUUGAAGACACGGAUGUUGCUGUGAAACUACCCGAAGUUGAUGCUGUCAAAUUACUUGCAGUUGAUGCUGUCAAAUUACCCGAAGUUGAUGCGGUUAUAGAAAACCAAGACGAAACAUUCGAUUUCGGCGACGUCGCUCCGACAUCCAUACAAAACGACGUUUUACAGGAAGACGCUAGUGAUUGCGAUGAGCUAAAAAAUUGCGACGUCACGGAAACCCUUCACAGAAUAAACUUUACGGGUCUAUCAACGACUGAAAUAUUUAACAUCGUCGGAGAGUUAGAUAAACUGAAGGCUAAAGCCAUGAACGAAUUAAGGACUCGUAUGACAUCGAAGCAUUCUGUUUAAUCAUCUUAUUUUUAAUUAACCAAAUCUUUUUUUUUUUUAUAUUUUCUGAUCAUUUUAAUAAGACAUCGAUGCACAAAAUCUUGUGCUUAUUUUAAACCAGCUAACCAAAAGAAAUACAUCAUGGUUUGGAUCCGGGAUGUAUUAACAAUACGAUUUUAAUAUGUACAAGUAUAAAUACCUUUUAAAAAUAUUUUAUUUCA